AUGUUGAUUUCUAAACGUGUUUGUUUGUUUCUCUCUCUCAUUCAUAUAUGUAUAUAUCCCUCUAUUCAUAAUUAUUUUUAUCUAUCUAUUUAUAUUCCUAUCGAUCAAUCAACCGCUCUAUCUACCUAUAUUCAUAUCUAUCUAUCUAUCUAUCUAUCUAUCUUCCUUCAUAUCUAUCUUCCUUCAUAUCUAUCUAUCUAUCUAUCUAUCUAUCUAUCUAUCUUCAUAUCUAUCUAUCUAUCUAUCUAUCUAUCUAUCUUCCUUCAUAUCUAUCUUCAUAUCUAUCUUCCUUCAUAUCUAUCUAUCUAUCUAUCUAUCUAUCUAUCUAUCUAUCUAUCUAUCAUAUCUAUCUUCAUAUCUAUCUUCCUUCAUAUCUGUCUAUCUAUCUAUCUAUUCAUCUAUUCAUCUAUCUUCCUUCAUAUCUAUCUUCAUUCAUAUCUAUCUAUCAUAUCUAUCUAUCUAUCUAUCUAUCUAUCUAUCUAUCUAUCUAUCUAUCUUCAUAUCUAUCUAUCUUCCUUCAUAUCUAUCUAUCUAUCUAUCUAUCUAUCUAUCUAUCUAUCUAUCUAUCUAUCUAUCUAUAUUCAUAUUAGACCAUGGUAA